AGAUGACGAACUGGAAAGAUGAUAUCAAUGUUGAGCGAAGUGGUGCAGUAUAUUUCCUUUCGCAACCCUCACGUCCAAAAUUUAGCCCAUCUGAAUACAUUGAGUCUCGUGGAUUAAGACAAGAGGAUUCACAUGUGAUAUUGAGGGAAUGGAAUCGUUGGAUUAAAGACCUGAUGAACAGCAGACACUCUUUUAUUCGAGAGGCUGCCAAGGCAGCAGGACUAAUGAAGGCAGCAGAUCUGGACAAGUUCUAUGAAAAACGAAUCGUUGCAAAGCGAAAACUCGACGUACUCAAAAGCUCUUCCGAACAACUUAAGGAUGCAGAUCAAAAUCUGGCACGGCAGAUUAAAAAGGGCGUUGAGGAGAGUCUGGACAGUACUGAGACCACAGAUAAGCAUGGUGAUGCAAGCGAUGUGGCUGUUGUGGACCGACCGAAAUUUAUCUCAGAAGUAUGCUCAUUGAUACAAAAGGAAAAUGAGGAACAAUCCGUGUCUCUCCCACCAACCAGAGUGCUACUGAAACGCGGCAGGACGUCAAAGUCGGGUAUUGCUUCAAUUACUGCAAGGCAUGGUGGCCAUCAACCCCCAGAGCACGAUGUCAAUGAUGGAGCCAGAACACCACCACGUAAUGUUCAGGGAUACUGUGAGGAGAUUCCUCUUGCAAAAGACCUUGAGGCUGUUUUUAGACACGUUGAUAUCUCCGCAAAUUUCCUACUACGUGAGGCCGACCAACGCCUAUAUGACGAUGCCAGCAAAUGGUUCAAGGCAAAAAUUAAGACAUCAACCGAACUGACGAUAGCUGAGAUGAGAACAACACGUUUUCAAGAAGAUUGGAUUCACGAUCUGCUCUACUACAGACUGAUACUCCUACGUGCAGGACUCAACCCAAAUGUCGACGAAAACACAUAUACCUCGUUUUGGGUCUCACCAGAUUUUUUCGCUCUUCAGACCGGCGUACAAGGUCUCAUCAGCUCUGGUUUCGUCAAUGAAAACCAUUUUGGGCCUUCUGCUUGGCGUCGUUCCCUCGCAAGAGGCACACAGUCGUCGAAAGGUACGAAUGUGGAUGCGUACUUCAUCGGAAGGGAUGAUUAUGUGGACGUAAUUUUCGAGAACAUCGGUCCCCCUUCCUGUACCAACCAUUCAAAACACCAUGAUGACAAAGAAAAAACAUGGCGCAAUGCCGCGGAUGCCUUACUGGAAAGAUACUACAAUUCGUCCGGUUCCUUCGAAAUUGCCAAGGGCUACAAGAUCGUAUGUGUCAUUGUGUUCGGUUAUGAUAUUUCGAUCUAUACCGUCAGCAUAUUGGACAGGAAUGAGUAUCUAGUGCAGAAGGUAUUCCAGGACAAGUAUCAUGUCCGUCGAGAUGUAUAUCUUUCCAAGUUACUUGUGCAUUUGAAGAUUUGUCUUACAAUUAAGACUAUUAUGGAGGACAACUGGGAUGUCUGUGUUGAGUUUGACAAUUCCAUCGAGUCUACUGUGAAGGAAGAACAAGCACAUUUUAACAUGAAAAUUCAUACCACUCCUAUGAAGGCUCAAAUCUCGCCUACGAAGAACAGAAGAUUACCAAUGUAAGUCGAGACUCUGCAUCAAUACCGCAAGGUCUUCAGCAUGAAGAAGGAACUAGAGUCUUGUAUUAGUAGUUAUAUCAACUCGUCAUCAAAUAAACUGAUUACUCGAUUAACG